UGCCUCGGCUACAGUACGCGGACUCGGUGUCGAAGACCGUUCGGCGCAAGACGCGCACGGUGAUGGUGGGCAACGUGGCGGUCGGCAGCGACCACCCCAUCCGCGUGCAGACCAUGACCACCUCCGACACCAAGAACGUGCAGGCCACUGUCGAGGAGGUGAUGCGCAUCGCGGAUCGCGGCGCGGAGAUCUGCCGUAUCACGGUGCAGGGGCGCAAGGAGGCGGAGGCGUGCGAGCAGAUCAAGAACAAGCUCGUGCAGGCCAACUACAACAAUCCGCUGGUGGCGGACAUUCACUUUGCGCCCACCAUCGCGCUGCGCGUGGCGGACUGCUUUGACAAGAUCCGCAUCAACCCCGGCAACUACGCGGACACGCGCGCGGUGUUCAAGACGGUGGAGUACACGGAUGAGAGCUACCAGCAGGAGCUGGAGCACAUUGACGAGGUGUUCUCCAAGCUCGUGCUCAAGUGCAAGCAGCUGGGGCGGGCCAUGCGCAUCGGCACCAACCACGGCAGCCUGUCCGAUCGCAUCAUGAGCUACUAUGGCGACUCGCCACGUGGCAUGGUUGAAUCAGCCCUUGAGUUCGCGCGCAUCUGUCGCAAGCACGACUACCACAACUUCGUCUUCUCCAUGAAGGCCAGCAACCCCGUCGUCAUGGUCGCCGCCUACCGCCUGCUGGCCGCGCAGCUCAGGAGUGCGGGCCCCGAUUGGAACUACCCGCUGCACCUGGGGGUCACGGAGGCCGGGGAGGGCGAGGACGGACGCAUGAAGUCUGCCAUUGGCAUUGGCGCGCUGCUGCAGGACGGGCUGGGUGACACCAUCCGAGUGUCGCUCACAGAGGCUCCUGAGGAGGAGAUUGAGCCGUGCUCUGCUCUCGCUAACUACGGCAUGCGCGCCGCCAAGCUCGGCAAGGGCGUGGAGGACUUUGAGGAGAAGCACCGCAGCUACUUUGAGUUCUCCCGCCGCUCCGGCCAGCUGCCUCUGCAGAAGGAGGGAGACGCCAUUGACUUCAGGGGGAUGCUGCACCGCGAUGGCUCUGUGCUCAUGUCCGUCGAUGCUGCCAUGCUCAAGAACCCCGAGGCGCUCUACCGCGCUCUCGCGUGCAAGAUGGCUGUCGGCAUGCCCUUCAAGGAUCUGGCAACUGUGGACAGCAUUCUGCUCCGCCAGGCCCCAUCUGCUGACGACAAGGAAGCUCGUCUGGCGCUGAGGCGGCUGCAGGAGGUGGGCGUGGGAGUGCUGGUGCCGGUGGAGGCCCUUGCAGCCGCGCCUCUCCCCAACGCCGUGGCUCUGCUCUCCCUGGAGCAGGCCAAGCUGGGCGUUCACAAGCACCUGCCGCAAGGAGCGGCGCGCUUUGCAGUGAGUGUGCGGGGCGAUGAGAGUGAGGAGGACCUUAAGGCGCUGGAGGGGCUGGACGCUGUGAUGCUGCUGGCGCACGUGCCACCCCAGGCAGAGGACAGCACCGUUAGCCGUGUUCACAGCAGCCGCAGGCUGUUUGAGUUCCUGCAGACCAAUAACAUCACGACACCUGUCAUCCACCACAUCAGCUUCCCUGAGGGCACGUCCAAGGACGAUCUGGUGCUACAGUCAGGUGCCGAGGCCGGUGCUCUGCUGGUGGACGGGCUGGGAGACGGAGUGCUGCUGGAGGCGCCGAGCCACGACAUGGAGUUCCUGCGCAACACGUCCUUUGGCAUGCUGCAGGGGUGCCGUAUGCGCAACACCAAGACGGAGUUCGUCUCGUGCCCAUCAUGCGGCCGCACACUCUUUGACCUGCAGGAGGUGACUGCCUCCAUCCGCGAGCGCACCUCGCACCUCCCUGGCGUUGCUAUCGCCAUCAUGGGGUGCGUUGUAAACGGCCCCGGUGAGAUGGCUGAUGCUCAUUUCAUCCUCUUCCUCCUCUCCCCUACUUCCCCCGUCCCGUUCCCCCCUCUCCCCCAUCCUGCCCCCCCCACACCUCAUCCACAGAUCGCCAUCAUGGGGUGCAUUGUGAACGGGCCGGGUGAGAUGGCUGAUGCUGACUUUGGCUACGUGGGCGGGGCGCCAGGCAAGAUCGACCUCUAUGUCGGCAAGGUGUGUGCGGUGCGGUGUGCUUGGGUGCGCUCGAGUGUGCUUGGGUACUAUCACAGAGGGACUUUGGCUACGUGGGAGGGGCGCCGGGCAAGAUCGACCUCUAUGUUGGCAAGGUGGGUGCCCUCUGCUAGGCUGGAUGGCAUGGUGGGUGCUCUCUGCUGGGCUGGAUGGCAUGGUGGGUGCCCUCUGCUGGGCUGGAUGGCAUGGUGGGUGCUCUCUGCUGGGCUGGAUGGCAUGGUGGGUGCUCUCUGCUGGGCUGGAUGGCAUGGUGGGUGCUCUCUGCUGGGCUGGAUGGCAUGGUGGGUGCUCUCUGCUGGGCUGGAUGGCAUGGUGGGUGCCCUCUGCUGGGCUCGAUGGCAUGGUGGGUGCUCUCUGCUGGGCUGGAUGGCAUGGUGGGUGCUCUCUGCUGGGCUGGAUGGCAUGGUGGGUGCCCUCUGCUGGGCUGGAUGGCAUGGUGGGUGCUCUCUGCUGGGCUGGAUGGCAUGGUGGGUGCCCUCUGCUGGGCUGGAUGGCAUGGUGGGUGCCCUCUGCUGGGCUGGAUGGCAUGGUGGGUGCUCUCUGCUGGGCUGGAUGGCAUGGUGGGUGCUCUCUGCUGGGCUGGAUGGCAUGGUGGGUACUCUCUGCUGGGCUGGAUGGCAUGGUGGGUGCCCUCUGCUGGGCUGGAUGGCAUGGUGGGUGCUCUCUGCUGGGCUGGAUGGCAUGGUGGGUGCUCUCUGCUGGGCUGAAUGGCAUGGUGGGUGCCCUCUGCUGGGCUGGAUGGCAUGGUGGGUGCUCUCUGCUGGGCUGGAUGGCAUGGUGGGUGUUCUCUGCUGGGCUGGAUGGCAUGGUGGGCUGGAUGGCAUGGUGGGUGCCCUCUGCUGGGCUGGAUGGCAUGGUGGGUGCCCUCUGCUGGGCUGGAUGGCAUGGUGGGUGCUCUCUGCUGGGCUGGAUGGCAUGGUGGGUGCUCUCUGCUGGGCUGGAUGGCAUGGUGGGUGCCCUCUGCUGGGCUGGAUGGCAUGGUGGGUGCUCUCUGCUGGGCUGGAUGGCAUGGUGGGUGCUCUCUGCUGGGCUGAAUGGCAUGGUGGGUGCCCUCUGCUGGGCUGGAUGGCAUGGUGGGUGCUCUCUGCUGGCUGGAUGGCAUGGUGGGUGCUCUCUGCUGGGCUGGAUGGCAUGGUGGGUGCUCUCUGCUGGGCUGGAUGGCAUGGUGGGUGCCCUCUGCUGGGCUGGAUGGCAUGGUGGGUGCUCUCUGCUGGGCUGAAUGGCAUGGUGGGUGCUCUCUGCUGGGCUGGAUGGCAUGGUGGGUGCCCUCUGCUGGGCUGGAUGGCAUGGUGGGUGCUCUCUGCUGGGCUGGAUGGCAUGGUGGGUGCUCUCUGCUGGGCUGGAUGGCAUGGUGGGUGCUCUCUGCUGGGCUGA